AUGGGUUGCAACGACAGAAGACCGCUGGACAACACCCCGACGACCGCGAGGAUUACCGGACGCCAUAACAACCGGAUUGGGGCCGUGUAUUCGUCCUUGUAUGCCUUUUGGUCGACGCGACAUGCGGUCGCGAAUGGCACCACGAGUCGCAGAGAUGCAUACAGCGUCAUCCUUUUCAACCACGGCCACCAGCAGAUCCUCACGAACGACUUCACGAAUUCACCGGAUCGGUUGCUUGAUCUAGUCCUACCUCACGGCGCUGGGGGAGGGACUAAUUAUAAACCCGCCCUUCAGGUCACGCAAUCUGUGAUGGAAAACAACUGGAGUACCGAGAGGUCGCCGGUUGUUGUGUUCCUGUCUGAUGGUGAAUGCUCUGUGGAGGACAGUGUCACCAGGGAUUUGUCGCGCCGGGCCAUAGCUCUCGGACGGGCACUGUCUUUCCAUGCGGUGUCGUUCGGUCCGCAUAAUACUUCGCUGCGUAGGAUGGCUGACAUUGCGAAGGACGUCCAGAAGACCGCACCUCCUGAUCCCAUGCAUCCGCUUGUUCCGUCGUCAUACGUCGAAGCCCUCGACUCCGUCCGUCUGGCCGAAACCUUCAUAGGCAUCGCGAACUCUUUGACCAAGCCGCGCGGCGGACUCAUGCACACAUAA